AUGCUUUUGUUGCUAUUCGAGAACAAAAAUCCGCUUAUCUCAAUUGAUAUUGGUGUUCGUUUUGAAGAUGAUCUUAUUCGUAUUAUUUUUCGCCAUUGGAACACCUUUCCGGAGGAAUUGGAAAAGGAGGGCGAUUCGCAAAAUUCUUCGGAUUUAUUUCCGUAUGCUGAAAUUGCCGUCUUAGAAGGCAUGAUUAAGGUUCUGUCGUCUAAACACGGAGGUUGUUGUCGUUGGGAUCCAAGAAUUCGACAUGGACAUUAAAUAUAGAAUGAUUUUGUAAGUAAAAUGUGUUAGGGUUUUUAGUUAUUGUAUGUAUCUAUAUAGUAGGAAUAUUUUUUGUUUGAUAAAAUUGUUCUUUAAUGUGUGGUUGUUUUUGAAAUUGUUGCCUCCGCUACUUAAUAUUUUAAAUUAUCUCUUUCUC